AUGAGCACCGUGUGCGGCAGCCUGUUUGAGUGCCCGGCCAAGUAUGCCCCCAUCAAGCCCAUCGGCCGCGGGGCGUACGGCAUCGUCUGGGAGGUGCGGCUGCUGUCCCACCUGCAGCACGAAAACGUGAUUGCCCUGCGGGACAUCCUGCCGCCCCCCAGCGGGGCCGCCUCCUUCAAGGACGUGUACCUGGUGUAUGACCUCAUGGACACAGAUCUGCACCAGAUCAUCCGCAGCCCCCAGCCCCUGAGCGAGGACCACAUCAGCUACUUCACAUACCAGCUCCUGCGCGGCCUCAAGUACAUCCACAGCGCCAGCGUGCUGCACCGCGACCUCAAGCCCAGCAACCUUCUCGUCAAUGCAAACUGCGACCUGCGGAUCUGCGACUUUGGCCUCGCCCGCGUUGGCAACCAGGGAGCCCAGGAGGGCGUCGGCAUGCUGACAGAGUAUGUCGUCACCCGCUGGUACCGCGCGCCAGAGCUGCUGCUGUCAUGCCCCGACUACACCGCGGCGAUCGACAUCUGGUCCGUGGGCUGCAUCCUGGCGGAACUGCUGGGCCGCAAGCCGCUGUUCCCCGGGAAAGACUACGUCCACCAGCUCAACCUCAUCACAAAGGCCAUCGGGUCUCCAGGAGAGGAGGACAUCCAGUUUGUCAGCAGCGAGAAGGCGCGGCGCUACCUGCGCUCGCUGCCUCGCUGCCCCAGGGCAGACUUCCAGGAGCUGUGGCCACAGGCGGACCCCCAGGCCCUUGACCUGCUGUCUCGGAUGCUCGUGUUUGACCCCUCGCGCCGCAUCAGCGUGGACGACGCGCUGCGCCACCCCUACCUGGCCGCGCUGCACGACGCCGCGGACGAGCCCGUGGCCGACGCGCCCUUCACAUUCGAGGUGCCAAAGGACAUGACCACGGAGGUCGGUCGCGAGCUCAUGUGGGAGCAGGUGCUCUGCCGCCACCCCGAGCUGGCGCGCGGCGGCGCGGCCCCAGGCAGCCCCUCGCUGCGCAGGGACCAGCGGGCGGGCGCGGGACGCCCGUGA